UCACCGCGGUCGGGGUGAAGCUCUCUGUCUCCGCGCCCUCGGUCCCUUGUCACUUCGGACAAGCGGUCGGUGUCUCCUCGGGGAUCUGCAGCCCCGGCGCCAUGGAGCCGGCCCUGGGCAGCGAGCGCCGCAGCCCCCCUGGCCCCGGAGCUCCGCGACCACCACCGCGGGGCCACGCGCCCUCGACCACCGCCUCCGCCCCCAGCCCGGCCCCGGUGAGCUCCUCAGUGCAGCCGGACGAGGAGCGGCAGCCGCGGAUCAGCGAGAGCGGCCAGUUCAGCGACGGGCUGGAGGAUCGAGGUUUACUAGAAAGCAGCACCCGGCUGAAACCCCAUGAAGCCCAGAACUACAGGAAGAAGGCAUUGUGGGUAUCCUGGUUCUCCAUUAUUGUCACCCUGGCCCUGGCAGUGGCUGCCUUCACUGUCUCCGUCAUGAGGUACAGCGCCUCUGCCUUUGGGUUUGCAUUUGACGCCAUCCUGGAUGUGCUGUCCUCGGCCAUCGUCCUCUGGCGUUACAGCAACGCAGCCGCCGUGCACUCUGCUCACAGAGAGUAUAUAGCCUGUGUCAUCUUGGGGGUGAUCUUUCUUCUGUCAUCUGUCUGUAUAGUGGUCAAAGCCAUUCAUGACCUUUCAACAAGGCUGCUCCCUGAAGUGGAUGACUUCCUGUUCAGUGUCUCCAUUUUAAGUGGGAUCCUCUGCAGCGUCCUGGCUGUGCUGAAGUUUAUGCUGGGGAAGGUCUUGACAAGCAGAGCUCUCAUCACAGAUGGGUUCAACUCCCUUGUCGGGGGAGUGAUGGGCUUCUCCAUCCUCCUGAGUGCCGAAGUGUUCAAACACAACGCCAAAGUCUGGUACCUGGAUGGCAGCAUCGGUGUCCUGAUCGGCCUCACCAUCUUUGCCUAUGGGGUCAAGCUCCUCAUCGACAUGGUGCCCAGAGUGAGACAGACGCGUCACUACGAAAUGUUUGAGUGAAGACGGCUGGAGGGGCGGCAGGGACGGCCCCGGGGAAGAGCGUCACCAUGGCGACGAGAGGUUUCCACGAAGGCAGUUGGUGCCAAUAUUUAACUGCACAUCCAGUUUCAUUUGGGGAAGUUUUCGUUCAUAGAGUCUGUCAUCACGGGAUGAGGUCGGCCUGGAGGCUGUGCCUGCCCUACAUCCUCACCCUGUUGCCCACUGUCAAACACGUUAGGACGCUGCUGACCACGGGAAGGGCUGCCGCGCUUCCCAAUCUUGAGCCGGAAGUGACGUGUUCUAUUUCCUGGGGUCAAACAGUUCUUGAAAGCAGGCUUGGGUCUCUGCUUGAUAAGAAGCCACCUGUGGCAUUUACUGUCAGCCAAAACCAGAUAGUAACUGACCGAGUCACCGCCAACCAGAUAGUAGCUGACCGAGUCACCUCCCACACACGGCCAAGGCGCCUCCAGGGUCACACUCCUUUCUCCUUGCAGCAAAUCCCCUCCUAACGUGAAUCAACCCAUUUCAUACACUUUUACUAAUCUUGACACUAAGCAGAUUUGUUCAGAGGGAGGCCAUUCUAUUUUUUAAAGUAUUUAGUGGCAGAUGAAUGAGCUUUGCAUGGACAGGCUACGUAAGCACACAGCCCUUUAUUCAACAUCCAGAUCCUGCCCAUUCAUGAAAACCCAGGAACCAUUUUUGAGAGAUGUGAAACUCUAUACAUUUAUUUGUAAUAAAUAAUUAUAAUCAUUA